UAUUGUUCCUAAUCAUUCCAGAUUAAAGCUGGCCUUGAGAACAUGAAGGCCUCUUCUGCCCUUUUUCUCCCUCUACUCCUGUCCCUCAGCAAUGCUCAGGUACCCCACUGGGGUACCUGUCCAGAGCCCCCGCUCCAGCCAAACUUUGUCUUGAAAAAGUUCCUUGGGACAUGGUAUGAAGUUGCAAAACUGCCAGCCCAGUAUGAAAAAGGGAGGUGCAUUGAGACUAACUUGACCAUGAAUGCGGAUGGGACUAUUAAAGUAUCCAGCUCAGAAAUACGGAAAGGACAGUUGAAGACUCUGGAGGGGACUGGUAUCGUUGAGGACAUUAAUCAGCCAGCCAAACUGGGAAUCAGCUUCUCUUUCCUCGCACCUUACUCCCCGUACUGGAUUAUAUCGACCGACUAUGACAAAUCGGCACUGGUUUACUCCUGCACUGACAUCCUGAGGGUUUUUCACGUGGACUUCGCCUGGAUCCUGGGCCGCACACGCACCCUUCCGGCAGACACCAUCAACAAAGCGAAAGACAUUUUUACCAAAAGCAACAUUGAUGUCACUAGGAUGGUUGCAUCUAAACAGCAGGGCUGUGACAAAGAGUUUUGAAUGGCCAAAAUGCAAAAAUGUCUAAUGGAGAUUACAAUGGUGGAUAGGUUAAGGAAAGUACAAAAACAAAAAUUCUAUUACCUAUUUGAGGUCCAUCUGACGGACAAACUUGUGACCCAGAAAUGCGUAAUUCAAUUAUCUAUUUCAAAGCUUUUUUCAGGGAAAAUAUGCAUUUUUAAUCAUUACUGAAUAUCUAUAGGCCUGUAUAUUGAUGUUUGAAUUAGCUUGUGGCUUUUAUAUCUUUUCUAAAUAAGUACAUACCCAGUCUUAUUAAACAAAGUAUACAAUACUAACAUGCAAAUCGAUACCAUGGUAUUGUAAAUUUGCUGUAAAUGAACUUCAGUAUCUGAAACAAGUAGGUCAUAAUGUGUUCUCAA